AUGAGUUCUAUCGGUCCAAGUAGACUUUCAGACUUGCCAGUCGAAUGUGUUCAUAAAAUUAUAAACAGCACUGAAGACAAGAACAAAGUUCUUUACAAAUUUUUGUUCGUCAACAAAUGGUUACACGAAAUUGCCAUAUCUUUAUUAUGGAGAAACCCUGCUAUGUACGAACCCAUAAUAAAAAAAUAUAUUAAUGAGUUGAACGAAGACGAACAAAAAGCACUUAUUCCUCAGAGAUUUCAUUUUCCUCUUACCAAAUCCGGAUAUAUCUGCCAAUGCGGCGAAUUACGAAUGGUCCGUUCUCUGGUUCAAUCAAUCGUACAGAUGAUAAUGCGAACAAAUACCAAAAAUCUCAAAGAAUUAAGUAUGGUAAUUUCUAGAGACGAACCUGAUUACCCAGAUAUAUCAGGUUUCUCUUCAAUUCAAUCAGGAAUAUCGAACCUACAGUCCCUCCACCUUUUACUGGAAAAUACCCCGGUAAAAGACAACGUUCGCAUAUUUAUAGAAAAACUAUUGGAUUUAUGUAAGAAUUUCCGAGAAAUGUCUUUCAAACUUGUCGAAAAUGACGGUGAUGAAGAAAUUACAAGGCUAUUAAUUAAACUUAUUAGAGUGCAACAACUAGAUAAAUUUACCUUAAAAUGUUGCAGCGCUAGUGCCCGAAGAUACAUCGAGGUACUAAGUUUUCAAAAAGAAUUAAAAUAUUUACAAUUGAGUGAAAUAGAUUUUACAAAGAUUUCGGUAUCUUCUUUGAAUUCUGUUUCACAGUGUAAAAAAUUGGAUCGAAUUAUAAUUUCUGAUUUUCGUGGAAUUUCCUAUAACCAAGAUAUGAACAAUCUUCUUCUCACAUUGGGGCUGAACAUAGAUGAUUUCGAUGCAACCACUA